AUGGCCUCCGAAGCAAAGCCUGCCAAACCUACUACUCACCAGCUUCUCAGCAUCUGCAAGUCUCUCGUCGCCGGUGGAGUCGCCGGAGGAGUGCAUGUACCAAAUGGAUCACGAACUGCUGUGGCUCCUCUGGAGAGAUUGAAGAUUCUGCUGCAGGUUCAAAAUCGUCAAAAUAUAAAAUACAACGGAACAAUUCAAGGCUUAAAAUAUAUAUGGAAAACUGAGGGUUUUAGAGGAUUGUUUAAAGGAAACGGAACUAACUGUGCUCGUAUUGUCCCAAAUUCCGCAGUAAAGUUCUUUAGCUAUGAGCAAGCUUCCAAGCUCCCUCUAAUUGUGCUUAAUACAUUCUGCAGGGGUAUCUUAUGGCUCUAUCAGCAGCAACCUGGAAAUGGUGUACGUAAAUCAUUUGCUAUAAUGGCAUUGCUUUGUAAGGAAAUGUCACCAAAGGAAUCAACCCCCUCUAGCAGCAAAGAAGCUCAGCUCACUCCUAUUCUGCGUCUUGGAGCUGGAGCAUGUGCCGGAAUCAUUGCCAUGUCUGCCACUUAUCCAAUGGACAUGGUGCGAGGAAGGCUAACAGUCCAGACAGAAGCAUCUCCUCGUCAAUACAGAGGAAUUUACCAUGCUCUUUCAACAGUCUUCAGGGAAGAAGGCGCUCGAGCUCUGUACAAAGGCUGGCUACCUUCAGUCAUAGGAGUUAUACCAUAUGUGGGUCUUAAUUUUUCCGUAUAUGAGUCUCUCAAAGACUGGUUGAUUCGAUCUAAACCGUUUGGAAUAGCUCAAGACUCUGAGCUAAGUGUGACCACAAGGCUUGCUUGUGGUGCUGCUGCUGGAACUGUUGGCCAAACUGUGGCUUAUCCCCUUGAUGUCAUUCGCCGAAGAAUGCAAAUGGUGGGUUGGAAAGAUGCUGCUCCAGUAGUCGCUAGUGAGGGGAAGAGCGUAGUUGAAUAUACUGGCAUGGUUGAUGCCUUCAGGAAAACUGUGCAUCAUGAAGGAUUUGGAGCAUUAUACAAAGGCUUAGUUCCCAAUUCAGUGAAGGUGGUCCCUUCCAUAGCUAUUGCUUUUGUGACAUACGAGAUGGUCAAGGACAUUCUUGGAGUAGAAAUUAGAAUAUCCGACUGA